CAACCCCAAUUAUUGUUAUUUUUAAGUUUGGUAGUAAUAUCACAGCUCUGUGAUAACAAAAUAAAGAAUCCUUUUGCAUUUAGUAUGUAUACUGAAAAUGUAUAAUGGAUAUGAUGCUUGAGAUUUGAUUUAAAAUAAUGUGGGACAGGGGCCCCUGGGUGACUCAGUUAGUUGAGUGACAGAUUCUUGAUUUCUACUCGGGUAGCGAGUCAUGGGUCAUGGGACUGAGUCCCGCAUCCAGCUCUGCACUGAGAGUGGAGCUUGCUUGAGAUUCUCUCCCCCUCUCUCUCUCUCUCUCCCUCCCUCUGCCCCCUCCCCCACUCAUGCUCUCCUCUCUAUCUCAAAUUUAAAAAAUUAAAAAUACUUUUUUAAAUAAAACAAUGUGGUGUAUAUGUCAUGUAUGUGAAGGGGAAGGAGGAUGAUGUAAGCGAAGCAAGACUGGCCACAUGUUGUAAAUGUUGAAGUGGGGUGAUGGCUACAGAGGGAUUGGUCUCUGCAUUUAUGUUUUUUUGUUAAUUUCCAUAAUAAAUUUAAAAAAUAAAUCCAAAAAUUCGGCCAACCAACAUUUUCAAAAUAGCCUCCCUAGUGAUCAAAGAAAUGCAAAUGAAAAUGACAAGAUACAUUUUUCAACCGAUCGUAUUGGCAAAGGCUAGAAGAAUAUCAAUACUCCCUGCUGGUGAGGAUGCGACAAACAGGCGCUCUUCUGCAUUCCUGGUUUACUUGGUAUGACCUUAGUAUCACCUUACUAGAAAGCAUCUUGGCAAUAUGAAUAAAAAUCUCUAAAUAUGUGGAGGCCUUGGCCCUAGGAAUUCUACCUCCUGUAAUUCAUCCAAAGGAAAUGAUCAAACAAGGGUACGAGAUAUCUGGUCAAAAAUGUUUAUUACAAGGUAAUUAUAAUAGUCAAAAUUUUUUAAUUAACCUAAAUACACACCAAUAAGGACAUGGUUUUAAGAAUAAGGAAGUGUCACAUUGUGGAUACAUACAGAGCCAUUAAGAACUGUAAUGCACUCUGGUCCUCCCCAUUCACUAGGCAGACACAUCUUCUGGUGCAGGGCCAGCAGUGUCCCCAAGACACAAUGGUGAAGGUCAGAGUAAACGGAUUUGGCCGUAUCGGAUACCUGGUCACCAGGGCUACUUUUAACUCUGGAAAAGUAGAUAUUGUUGCCAUCAGUGACCACUUCAUUGACCUCAACUACAUGGUCUUCAUGUUUUGUUAUGAUUUCACCCAUGGCAAAUUCCACGGCACAGUCAAGGCUGAGAAUGGGACACACGUCAUUAAUGGAAAGCCCAUCUCCAUCUUCCAAGAGCGAUAUUCCACCAACAUCAAAUGGGCUGAUGCUGGUGCUAAGCGUGCUGUGGAGUCCACUGGGGUCUCCACCACCAUGAAGACUGGAGCUCACCUGACAGGUGGGAUGAAGAGGGUCAUCCUCUCUGCCCCUUCUGCUGAUGCCCCCAUGUCUGUGAUGGGUGUGAACCAUGAGAAAUAUGGCAACUCCUUCAAGAUUGUCAGCAACACCUCCUGCACCACCAACUGCUUGGCCCCUCUGGCCGAGGUCAUCUAUGACAACUUCAGCAUUGUGGGGGGAUUCAUGACCACAGUCCAUGCCAUCACCGCCACCCAGAAAAUCAUGGAUGGCCCCUCUGGGGAGCUCGGCAUAAUGGCUGCCCAGAAUGUCAUCCCUGCUUAUACUGGCACUGCCCAGGCUGUAGGCAAGGUCAUCCCUGAUCUGAAUGGGAAGUUCACUGGCAUGGCCUUCUUUGUCCCCACCCACAAUGUGUCAGUCAUGGAUCUGACCUGCUGCCUGGAGAGAGCUGCCAAACAUGAUGAUAUCAAAGAGGUGACGAAGCAGGUGUCAGAGGGUCCCCUCAAGGGCAUCCUGGGCUACACUGAGGACCAGAUUGUCUGCUGCAACUUUAACAGAGACACCUACUCCUCCACCUGUGACGUUGGGGCUGGCAUUGCUUUCAAUGACCACUUUGUCAGGCUCAUUUCCUGGUAUGACAAUGAAUUUGGCUACAGCAACAUUAUGGUCCCCAGAGCCUCCAAGGAGUAAGAGCCCCCUGGACCACCAGCCCCAGUGAGAGCAAGAGGAAGAGAGAGGCCCUCAGUUGCUGGGGAGUCCUUACCCCAACUCAUCCCCCAACACGCUGAUAAUCUCCCAACCUCUACAGUUUCCAUCCUAGACCCUCUGAAGAAGGGGAGGGACUUGGGGAGACCUACCUUGUCAUGUACAGUCAAUAAAGUAUACUGUACCCAGCCCCCCACAAAGCUAUAAUGUAGAUGUAUAUUUAUUAACAUGGAAAGAUGUGUCAUAGCUAUAUCAAGGAGGGGGAAAAUCAAGCUCCUAAAGCUAUGUAUAGUAAGAUACUUUUUUGUUCUUUAAAAAAUAGAAGGAAAAAUGGCUAACAAUGAUUACCUCUUGGUGGUAAAAACAUGGGUUAUUUUUGUUGCUUUUCUUUUGCUUAUUUUUUCACUUUUCUAAAUGAAUUUUGAGUAGUUUUAGCAUUCUAAAUAAUGAAUUCCUGUGUAAUCAAAAUAGCCUUUGCCUAAUGAAAUGACAUGAUAUCUGGAAUUUGCUCCAAUCAUCUAAGGUUGGGCUAUGGAUGAAACAGGUUUGGCUAUGAGGUGACAGCCCUUGAAGCUGGGUGAUGGGGUAACUAGGGGCUCAGUUUACUUUGUUCUCUACUUCUGUAUAUGUUUGGAAUUUUUUUCAUUCUACCAUUUUCCCCAAUAUAUCCUUUUUCAGUCCAAAGUGACAUCUUGUCCUCUCUUGUCCUGUUCCUCCCACAAUACACCUCCAGAGAUCACAAAGUCCAGCACCUUGGCCAGAGACAUUAAUGCUGUCUGAUGUUUUGAUGAGUAAAAUGGCUCACCUCUCCUGUGGUCAGAAAGGCAUUGGGUUGGAAAUGCUCCUCCUGUGAGAUUCCCCCCUGCCCACCUUUCCAGCCUACACAAGACAGGCGCCUGGGGCCAGAGGUGCAGACUUCAGUCAAGAGCUAACUGGCCCACACAAGAAACAAAGUCACAGCCUUAACACCUUUACCAGCCUGAUUCCUGUGUCACCCUAUCUAUGAUUGCCUGCCAUUGCUUCCUCCCACGUGGGGCUCUCUCUGUCUCAGAGGGAGGAAGUAUGGGUUAGUGGAUUUGGCAUACCCAGCCUAAAGAUUGGCUCUUCUCACUUGGCUACUGCCCUGUGCUUUCUCACCCAGGCAUAUUGGCUACAAAAGUACCUAGAAUGCAAGAAUCACCAUGAAUAUUCAUGAAGUCAUAUUACAAAUAAUAC